ACAAAAGUUUUGAGGAAAAAAUCAAAUAAAAGCCGCCUUUUUAGUUUACGUUCGCAAGACAGCUACCAACCUCGCCGGGGAAAUGGGGCGGACGAUGGAAUGGGCGGCGAGGGCGGGGCACUUGCGAGGCAUACCCAGAAAAAUGGUGAUAGCGGCGGUGGGAUCCUUCGCCAAAACGGUGUCGUCUCUUCUCAACACCACCACAGUUCACAACGCCGACACUCUCCUCCGCCUCGUCCGCUCCAGACCCGCCGGCGUCCCCCUCAUCACCGUCAGCAAUCACAUGUCCACUUUAGAUGAUCCAAUUAUGUGGGGUUUCAAGGGUUUUCCCAUCUUUGAUACGAAGUUAGCUCGAUGGGUUCUCACUGCUGAAGAUAUAUGUUUCAAGAAUGCGGUCUAUUCCUAUGUUUUUCGGGUUGGGAAAUGCAUACCUAUCACAAGAGGCGGUGGAAUUUAUCAAGAGCACAUGAACGAGGCUCUGGAGCGCUUAAAGGAUGGAGAAUGGCUGCAUACUUUCCCAGAAGGAAAAGUGCAUCAAGAAGAUGCACCUAUAAAUCGAUUGAAGUGGGGUACUGCUAGUCUAAUUGUUCGUGCACCUACAACUCCAAUUGUGUUGCCAAUUAUUCAUCAUGGUUUUCAAGAGGUGAUGCCAGAGAAGUUUAUGUUUGGUAAACGGCCUCCUGUACCAUUAUGUAAUAAGAAAAUUAACAUGAUCAUUGGUGAUCCUAUUGAAUUUGACCUUCCAGCAAUGAGUGAAAUGGCUAUUGCAGAGUCUCGUAAUGGGCCAUUCCCUACUCUCGGGUGGCCCAGCACUUCUAAUGGCUUGGAUGAAGCAGCACAGAGAUAUCUUUACACUUCAAUCUCAGAGCAAAUCCGUGCUGCCAUGGAGAGAUUAAGGUGCUUUGGUAAAUGUAUUCUGAAGUCAUAGGCUCAUACCUACCUAAACUUGUUCUAAUGUCUUGAGUUUAUUGAUUGUAUCAUUCUUUGUCAUUGUAGUUGAUGUUGAGAGAGAGGCCUUAAGAUUCUUAUAGUGCAUUUAGAAUACAUACUCAGGUUUAGGCUAGGAGAUAAAUCCCAGUUAGUAAUUUUGGACAGUUUAUUUACAAAAUAGAAACCUUCAUGAAUUUUGAUCCUUUGCAUUUUAGUAGUGCUCAUGUCAUGUAGGAGAGAUGGAAAGUAAAUACCUGGGAUUCGCAUUUCAGGUAGGGGCAUAAGUCAAGUAGGCCCUCUUUGUUCAUUUCUUUACGUGUAAUUUACAAUAAUCCAUGGUUUUAUAUGAUGUGUCAUAUCCUCCUUGUUGUUUGUUCA